AUGGAAGCUUUGGCAAUUUCACAUUACAUUCCUUCCAAAGAGAGAUAUCCUAACAACACACGCUUAUGCUCUCUUCUCCAUCUAAUUCCUACUACGACUAGAAAAAAAAAGAAAGAACAAAACCAAUCACUGGGUUCUUACCAAAUAUUACCGUCGGCGCCAGUGGCGGAGAACGAGAAGAGAACGGAGGAGCAUGUGCAGUCGUUGAAAGAUCUGAUUCCGUUCCGUUAUCCAGCUGGGACCGAGACGCCUCCGUUCGAGCAUAUGCCUAAUUCCGUUAAACGGAGUUACGUCAAGGUUAAAGAGCCUCUCUUUGAUCCGAUGACUUCUAGGCGUAUCUAUUGGCGGGAAGUACCUUCUGCUGAGGAUGAUCACGGCCAUGGUCAUGGAUGUUGCUUUUUCUUGAAGAGAAGCAUUCGAAGGAUGAUCAACAAGUGGUUUGGUACUCUUUUUGGAUUACCCAAGUUUGACGAGUUUUCAUUAUUGAAGUAA